AUGAAGGGUUUAGUAUUCUUACUACUGUAUAACACGGGGCAGGCCCAAGAUGGGUGUAGCAACACGGAUACAUACUGCCAAAAUGCAACUCUGGGUGAUUCUUCGUGUGCUCAUGUGUGUAUUUGUGAUCCAUGUCCGGACAGUGGACAAUUUACUCAAGGCAUUUGCAGUAAUUGCGUACUAGUCGCCGAUUAUAAAACAAGUGCAUCUGGCUGCCCUGCUGGAACGUUUUGGCAACAAGGUCUGAAAGAUUGUAUAGAUUGUCCAGAAGGGUUUUACUCAUCCGCGGGUAAAGAUAAAUGCAGAAUUUGUCCCGCAGGAAGUUCUUGUAAUUCACAAGGCAUAACUGGUUCUUGUGGAGCUAAUCAAGUGUCCCCUGAAGGAUUCCAAGACUGUUUAACGUGCCCGCCGAGUUUCGAACCAGAUGGACAGGAAAAAUGUGUCGAAAAAAGUGAAACGUGCAGUAAUUCAAACAAGUACAAACCAUACGAUAGCCUUUGUAUCAACACUCCGGCUGGUUAUACUUCUGAUGGAUCAAAUGGCUUAACGCAAUGUCCCGAUACACAGUAUUCAACUGGUGCUAGUUCUUGCGUUGAUUGUCCAGAAGGGAAAAAGUGCGACAGAUAUGGAGGUCAAGAAGACUGCCUUAUUUCUGCAGGUUUAUCUCCAAAGACUCCUGUUAGUACUACUGGUUGCCAGCACUGUACGAGAGGAACAGACUGCACGACUCUUAGUGAUUGUGGAGUUGGAAAACAAUGGGAUGAAACUUCGAAAAUAUGUGUUUCUACUGAUUGCGACAAAGGACCGUGUGAUGGAUCAUUUCAAUACAAUUGCGAUCCUGGGAUGACUUUAAUUGGAAACUUGUGUGAGCCUUGUCCUCUAGUUUUCAAUUCUACGGGCCAAGUGAAAGGAGAAGUUGGAAUAUGUCCUCAGACAAAAUGCCCUGCUGGAUAUGGUUUCUCGAGUGGAAGCUGCGAACUUUGUGAUGAUAGUCAUCAUAGCGAUGGAUCAAGUGCUUGCCAAAGUUGUGAUCUCCAUGAUAAUCUGUACUGCCCGAAUAGAGACGGAGUCCCAGUUGAAUGUCCGACUGGUUACUACAAAAAACUAUCGACUGACAAAACUUGUAGUCCCUGUCCAGAAGGUAAUUCUUGCGAUGCUCUUGGAGCAAGCCCUUGCGGACCUAAUGAGUACUCAUACGAAGGAGACUCUGUAUGCCGAGCUUGCCUACCUGGGCAUGAAUGCAAUAGCUCUACAGCAAAAAUGUGUCGAUAUGGAGAGUAUAUAAACGGAAAUAGCUGCACGCCUUGUCCUAAAGGAAAUGCGUGUCCGAAUCCAUGGGAAAAUGAACAACCGUGUACUUGUAACGACGACGGAUGUAACUUUCAAGAUGCAACUGGUCAAAUUGAAUGCAAACCUUGUCCAGCUGGAAAAACGUGCACUGAAAGCACUGCUAGUUCUUGUGCUUCUGGAAAAUACUCUCUUGAAGGACAAAAAUCGUGUGAAAACUGUCCUCCCGGUUCAAUGUGUCCAACAGCAGAUUCACCUCCAGUGCCAUGCGAUCCUGGAUAUUAUGCGCCGGCAAAUAGUAUAGAUUGCACAAUAUGUGACAUCAAUUGGUCGUGCGAUAAAGAAGGGAAAACUGUAGCAUGUGGACCUAAUGAAUACAGUCCUCUUGGUGUGUCAGAAUGCUUUCAAUGCCCAAACGGUCAUUCUUGUGGAACUGGAAUACCUGUUCCUUGCUCACCAGGACAGUACUCAUUGAAUGGAGUGUGCACAAGCUGUUCAGCAGGAAACUACUGCCCGAUUGGAAGUAACUCGCAAAUCACUUGUCCAGUUGGUCAUAAAUGCCCUGCAAAUGCCUUCGCACCAACAUUGUGUCCCCCCGGAAAAUUUCAAACUAAUACUGGUCAAUCAAGUUGUUCCGAUUGCACACCAGGAUAUACAUGCGAUGGAUACACGAAAAAAACAUGUCCAGUUGGCCAUUUUUGUAUCGACUCGACAAUUUCUCCGGUACCUUGCCCAAAAGGAGAAUAUCAAGAUGAAACCGGUCAAACAGGUUGCAAAACUGGCGCUGCAGGAUUUUAUUGUCCUCCUGGCGCUAUUGAAUGCCAUCUUUGCCCUGCUGGUUCUUAUUGUAAUAGCGGUACUAAAGCUAACUGUCCUGCAGGCAAAUACUCUGAGGAAGAAGGUAGAUCAAGUCAAUGCGACGAGGAAUGCCCUUUAGGACAUUAUUGUCCGGCUGGUACAUCAAGUCCUUUCCCAUGUCCUCCUGGUUUUUAUCAAGACACUAUUGGGGAAUCAAAUUGUAAGCCUUGUCCCGAUGGAAAAUCAUGCUCGUCUUCAGGAUUAAUUAAACCUGAUAGAAGAUGUGAUCAUGGUCAUUUCUGUUCGAGCAGCAGUAAUUAUCCUAAUUCGUGGGCACCAUCAACAACAUGGCGAGGUAAUGCUGGAAACCCAUCUACAAUGUGUCCUGCAGGAAAAUACAGUGCAAAGACUGAUAAUACUGGAGAAUCUCAAUGUGAAACUUGUCCUGCUGGAUUUUACUGCUUCCCAGGCACUGGCAAUGGCUUGAUCAACCCAAUAAAAUGCCCAGCGGGGUACUACUGCGAGGGGACUCAAGGUUUGGAAGUACGAGAUGCUGAUGGAAACGAAGUUGACAUUCCAUUUAAAUUUCCCCUUGAUCCUGCUUACGGAACAAAGCCGAGUUGGGAAACAGGAAGCGGCGAAAAUUACCGACCAAGAGGUUGUCUUGCUGGAACUUGGAGUAAUCAAACUGGGGUAUCUGAUCCUAAUGAGUGUUGGGUGUGUGAACAGGGCUGGAUGUGCACAUUCGGUACGAAUCAGCUCGACCAAGGUGACGUUGUUGAUUUGAUAGAACUGCCAGCGCCCUUUGAUGAAGUUCAACAUGAUUUCUACUUCGAAGAAAACUAUUUCAGACGAAGUCAAAUACAAGCUAUGAAAUGUCCAAGAGGAUGUUAUUGCUCACCGGGUACUGGUUAUGGAGUAACCGACAACUACAAUUCUCAAUUGACUUAUGGAUUCAUAAAUAAUUUCUACAGCGAUUACACAUUAAAAGAACCACAAGGAUGUCCCCCAGGAACUUACAAUGACGAGGAAGGUAUUGGUCGUGUUUCUGAUUGUAAGUCUUGCGAACCGGGAUACUACUGCGACGGAGCUAUCAAAGAUGAAAAUCUGCAUUUGCUUAACCGAGAGCCGCUCGAUGAAUAUGAACCGGGCACAGUUGUACCGGACGCUUGUCCUGCAGGCUUCUAUAAUCCAAAUUAUGGCGGAAGCAGUUUUGCUGAUGACUGCCCACAAUGUCCCGGUGGUUGGCAUUGUCCUGAAAAUGCGACUUCUGUACCUACAGAAUGCGGAAAAGGAAAAUAUUCAGAUGUCCAAGCAAUCGUCUGCUUAGACUGUGAGCCUGGUUACUAUUGCGAUAACUCUACAACUUCUAAAGAGGAUAUGUUGAAUAACAAGAAGUGUCCGCCAGGUAUUGACUGCUCCGUAAACUCGCCAGACUAUCCAAUUUCAAUUAUUCCUGAACUCUUCCAAAAUCCUUGCCCACUUGGAUACUAUUGCCCUGACGUUGAUCCUGUCCCUUGUCCGCCGGGAACAUUUGGCGGAGAAUUCGGUCUAAGUGAGGAAGAUCAAUGUACUCCCUGUACCGAAGGCUAUUAUUGUCCGCCUUUGGGCGUUCCUCCAACCGGUGCAGGUGAAUGGCCUACAAUAGAAGUACCUAGCUGCGAAUUCGAUCAUAUUUCUCUUGGAAAUUACACUUGUAAUGCGUACAAAGAAUGCCGACCAGGCCGAUACUGUGAAACUGGUUCAUAUGAAGAGACAGAAUGCGUUAAAGGCACAUAUCAACCAUUUCCUAGAGCAAAGUCUAAAGAGGAAUGCGCUCCAUGUAAAUCUGGUAACUAUUGCGACGAACCUGGACUCGCGGAGCCAAAACCUUGCCCAGCUGGAUUUUACUGUGAAUUCAAUGUGGAUAAUUUCAUAAGUACUCCCUGUCCACCGGGAACUUAUAGUAUUUCCGAAAGUUUGCGAUCGAAAUACGAGUGUCCAUUAUGUGGAGGUGGACUUUAUUGCAGUGGAGAAUUAGAUAGUCUGACUGAUACGGUUAAACCGCCGAAAAAUUGUACUGCGGGUGUUUACUGUAGACAAGGUUCUCCAUCAGAAGACGAUUCUAAUUGCAAUCUUCCUGACGAAACAGAUCCAUUAUAUGUUCCAGGUGUUGAGUGUCCCAUUAUUUGUCCACAAGGAGCGUAUUGUCCGGCCGGAUCAUUUACUCCACAACCUUGCGAGGAGGGAACAUACACUACUGGCCCUGGAAAAGGCAAAAAUGAUGAUUGUGAAAUGUGCAAAGCUGGGCAUUUUUGCUCCGGAGAAGUUUUAUCUGACCCUGUUACAGGCGUUUACUACGAUGGAACUUCUGGUCAAUGCGAAGGAGGUUAUUAUUGCCCAGGCGGUAAUAUUCGAAGCAACGGUAAAGAUGGAUCACUAGAUACAAGAGAGUGCAGUCCUGGCACCUUUUGUCCGCUCGAGAGUGCUGACGAAACUGCUUGUAGUGACGGAGAAUACCAAGAGUAUAAACUUGGCGCCGAAUGUGAAAUAUGUCCUCCCGGGCACAAGUGUACAGUUGCAACAGGUACAUUUGAUCCUGUCAUAUGCGAGAACGGCGAAUAUUGCGACGGUGCCAUUGUUAAUGAUUGCGAUGCAGGAAAGUAUUUAAACGUUACCGAGCUCUACGAUACUACUAUCAUCUCUCCUUAUACAAUGGGAGGAAGUCAGAGUGACCCGACAAAAGACAUAAAUAAUGUUUCAACUGAAUGUCCUGCUGGAUUUACUUGUCCAGCUGGCACGGGCUCAAAAUUCGAAAACCCUUGUGCCCCUGGUACAUUUAAUGAAAAUCCUCUUCUUGAUACUUCUUGCAGUGCGUGUACUGCUGGUCGAGUGUGUGAUAAAUAUGCCACAGUUGGGUCUACAAAUGUAACUUUCGUUGAUUGUCCUGCUGGUUAUUUCUGCCCUGAAAGAGCCUGUAAAAUCGUACCAACACUUGACCCAGCAAAUACGAAUGACCCGUGCGAAGAUGUGAUCGAGGAAUGUCCUGCCGGAUAUCAUUGUCCUCUAAACUCCGCUGAGCCAAAAGAAUGCCCAGCUGGAACUUAUUCCGACAGAAAACUUUUGUCGGGGUGCUUUGAUUGCGAAGCUGGAUUUUUCUGUCCUGGUGAAGAUUACGCUAAUUUCUUUAGUAACUACGAUGAUUGCAUAAAUGAAAGUUACUGCAGAAUUCCUUGCCCUGCUGGUUCAAAAUGCGAAUCUACUGGAUUAUCGGCACCUAAAGAAUGUGACAUCGGAGAAUUUAACCCAUAUGUAGGUGCUCUUCAAUGCUUACCAUGUGAGGCGGGAAAAGCUUGCCCUACAAAAGGCAUAUCCAUUCCAACAGACGAUAUCGAUUCUGGUUAUUAUUCUAUCUCAGGAGCUGAUACGAAAACACCAUCAGGAACUCCGGAUGUUAACGGGCCCUGCCCAGAUGGAUAUAUUUGUGGGUCAGGACAAACUUUGCCGAAUCCAUGCGCUGAAGGUGAAGAGUCUGAGUCUGCUUCAAAAUCAACUACAUGUGUUCCUUGUGGUGAAGGCAAAUUCUGUCCUAAGAAAGCAACGGAGUCUUCGAAUGGUCUACCUUGCUUGGAUGGAUUCAGCUGUGAAAGUGGCUGUAUAAGCGCAAAUUCUGUCACUGAAGAUAAAUGCGUGGUUUGUCCAGUUGGACAUGAAUGCAAAAAAGGCAGUAUAUCGAACUGUGAACAGCAAUAUCAACCAAGUGUGGGCCAAAAUGAAUGCUUGGAUUGUCCCGCUGGAAAAGACUGUGAAAAAGGAAUUGCUGCGGAUUGUCCAGAAGGACACUACUGUGAGGAAUCCAAGGGUAAAGCUGAGUGUGGCAGAAAUACUUUUGCAGAUGUUACUGGGCUACAAAAUUCAAGUGAAUGUUCACCGUGUCCUCCAGGAAUUGAUUGCAGCAAAGAAACCCUUCCUAUCAGCAGUUAUCCAACGACUCCUUGUCCCGCUGGAAACAAAUGCCUUGGAGGAGAUGACCCAUUGACAUGCACAUCUGGAGGCUCGACUUAUUGUCCUGAAGGCUCGAUAAAUGAUGUUGCAGUACCAACCGGACAACUUUCUUCUGAUGCAGCAACAUUGACACCAUGCGCUGAGGAUGAGUUCUGCACUGGAAACAAUCCAUCAGCUUGUUCGAACGAUCACCACUGCCCUGUUGGCACUCCGUUUGAAAUUCCCUGUGGAAGACCUGGUGCUGAAAGCUGUUUCAGUUGCGAUGAAAAUUUUUAUUGUCCAUAUGAUGCUUCUCAAAACCCAUGCCUUCCUGGUUUUCUAUGUCCACCAGACACACCGAUUCCUACAAAGUUGUGUCCUGCUGGAACAAAAUGUAAUGACGGAAUAUCAGUUGACUGCAAUGGAGCUGAAUACAAUCCAGCAGAAGGACAGUCAGAAUGUAUCGAGUGCCCCGCUGGAGGAGAUUGCACGUCCACUGGAAAAGAUCAAGUUGAUCCAACUGAUUGUCCGGGAGGUUCAUUCUGUGAAUUCGGUCAUGUAACAGAAGAUUGUGCGGCUGGAAGCUUUGGCACUGAUCUUUCGACUGGUGCACAGAGUCAAGAGCAUUGCCACGAAUGUCCUUACGGUAAAUAUUGCACUGGUGGUAAAGAUAACAACAAUUGCUCCAUCGACGGAAAAGAAUGUCCGAUCGGCACCGAAACAGACAGUCCAGACGAAUGUCCCGAGGGUCAUAUUUGCAUCCAAGGCAAAAAAGAGCUUUGUCCAAGUAGCCUAUAUCCUGACUCAUCAAAUAUAAACUGCAUUGCUUGCACUGAAGGUGGAUAUUGUCCUGGUGAUGGCUCAUACGUCCUCUGUAACGAAGGAUACUAUUGCCCGAGUUCAUCCGACACUUUGCGUCCUGAUCAUCUUUGCCCCGUUGGGAAUGUUUGUCCAGAUGGCUCUGAAAAACCACAAGAUUGCUCGCCUGGAAACAAAACUAUUGAGCUUGGAAGUGAAGUUUGCAUGAAUUGUGAUGCCGGAUACUAUUGUGAAAAUGGCUCAGACGAAAAAGAAUGUGGCGCUGGCAUUGUCUGUGCACCUGGAUCAACCGAUCAGUCUAUCACAUGUUCAGAUGGAUAUUCUUCAAGCGUUACAGGGCUUACUGAUCAGUCAGAAUGCCAGCAAUGCGAAGUAGGCACCUACUGCAAAGACGGCAAGCAAACUUCUUGUGAUCCAGGAUGCGACUGUCAAGCAGAAUCAAGUGUUAGUUGCCCGAAUAAUUGUCCAGCAGGGAGUGAAUGUUCCCUUGCAACAGCCUUGCCAUGUCCACCUGGUCAAUUUAAUGAUGGUACUAUUGGAAAUGCUCUCAGUUGUGAUCCUUGCGUUGAUGGUAAUUACCAGGAUCAGCACGGACAAAGUACGUGUAUUGAUUCCUGUGCCGAAGGUUUCUAUUGCAACUCUGGCGCCAAAAGUGAAUACCCAUCUCGACUUUCUAACGGCACUGAUUUCGGCAUUUGUCCCACAGGUCAUUAUUGCACUGGCGGCAAGAAAGCAGAAUGUCAGGAAGGAACUUAUCAAGAUAGAGAGGGUCAAAAUGCUUGUUUCGACUGUCCCGCUGGUUAUUUGUGUAACGAAAAGGGCCUAGAUGACUACAUAAACCAUCCUUGUCCAGCUGGUCAAUAUUGUGGCAGGAAAGCGCUUACUGGAAUUGACUGCCCAAGUGGCAAGUACAGAACGACUGAAGGAGCUAGAUCUGAAGAGGAAUGUCAGCUAUGUGAGCCUGGAAAAGUUUGUCCAGGCAAAGAUGUGCAAAAUGACUGCCCUGCUGGUUAUUACUGUUUUGUUGGAGCAAAAGACAACGGGCCACUGGCACCAGAGCCCUUCAACUCCGCUAUUAAUAUCACAAUUGAUGGAACCGAUAGAGAAACAGUCGGCAUAUGCCCCAUUGGUCACUAUUGCCCAGCUGAAACAGCUCUCCCCAAGCCAUGUCCGGCUGGAUUCUACUGUGACAUUGAGGGAAUGGAAAAACCAGAUACCUCAAAAGAAUGUCCUGGUGGAAUGUACUGCAUCUCGGGCGCAAAAGACGAUAGCACAAUAGUGAUCCCAAAUCAUAAGAUAGAUUGUCCACCAGGCUUCUAUUGUCCUAAAGGAACAAAAGUACCAAUAAUGUGUCCUGCUGGAACGUACAGAAAUGUCCCUGGGGGCGCUGAUAAAAAUUCUUGUAGCCAAUGUCAAGAGGGAUUCGUUUGUUACCAAGGACAAAUUGAAACAGACGAGAAUCAGUGCCCAGAAGGCUUUUUCUGUGAAGCUGGAGUAAAAGACAUCUAUGAUAGAACUGGUCCAGUGUAUACGUACUUUUGCCCUCCUGGAUUCAGUUGUAAAGAUGGAAUCAGGGAACCUUGUCAAGCUGGCACCUAUCAAGCUGAUAGAGGAAAACUUACAUGCAACACAUGCCCUGCUGGAUAUUACUGUCAAGAAGAUCUCAUCAACGGAAUAUGGUCUCCAACGUCUUGCCCAAAAGGAACUUACUGCCGAGCUGGUUCUGAUAGCGCUACUGAUUGUCCCGUCGGCACUUUUGGUUUAACUUCCAAUCUCCAGUCCGAAAGUCAAUGCACAGCUUGUCUUGCCGGUCAUUACUGUGAUAAGGAAGGAAUGACAAAAGAUCUUGUUUUAGCUAACAAAUGUAAUGAGGGCUAUUUAUGCACACCAGGCUCUUCAGGGCCGAACGGUCAAAGAGACGGCAGUGACGAGGAAAAUAGAUGCGAACUGGGUUCCUACUGUCCUGCUGGUACACCGGUUGCAAUAAAAUGCCCGGCUGGAAAAUUUAAUGAUGGUAGUGAUCCAACAAUGUUCGUGGAUUGCGCUAUCUGUACUGAAGAUUUUUAUUGUGAAUACUCUGGAACAAUCAGACCGGUCGCUUGUCCGAAGUUCUAUCUCUGUCCUAACGAAGACUCAGACCCCGGAGAAACUGGGCUGGAUGUGGGUGCAAUCAUCGCAAAAACUGGAGGCAGUGUGACCCCGUUUGUUUGUCCACUCUAUCAUCAAUGUGACGAUGGUCUCAUAAGAACAGCAGCAACUUGUCCUGACAACACCUACCGAGAGGAGUUCGAGAUGGACCCUUCACACACUGAACAUUGUCAACCUUGUCCCAGUGGAAAAACUUGCCAGCAGGGUCAAAUUCUUGAUCUUUGCGCAAAGGGUAAUUUCUGCGAUGAAGACGUAGGAACUGUUCCGUGUCCAUUAGGAUCUUAUAAUCCAAAUCUGGGAUCAUUCUUGGACCCGAAUAUUACAUGUGACAAAGAUAUAGCUAAUCUUCAAGCUUGUGCCGUUGAGCAAAAGGUCUGUCUGGCUUGCCCUGCUGGUUACUACUGUGAUAACCCCCUUGGAACUUCUCUUCCAAAGCAAUGCAAUGCAGGUUAUUAUUGCAAUCAGAACAGUUUUGAUAAGGAAGAAAAUCUUUGUCCAGUUGGUCAUUAUUGUCCAGCCGGGACUGCAGAACCCGUUCCUUGUCCGGUUGGCACUUACUUGGACGAUUCAGGAAAAGAAAAACUUGAUGAUUGUAAACUCUGUCCUCCGAAAAAAUUCUGCGAUGAACCCGGGCUUUUCCAAACUUUUAGUCUUAUUGAUUGUAAAGAAGGAUACUUUUGUGGUCUCGGAUCUCCCAGCAGAACUCCUGAGGUUCAAGUUGAUAACAGAAACUCAACCGGUGAAUAUUACGGUCCAUGCAUAGAAGGCGAAUAUUGUCCAAGUGGAGACAAUGCUGCACCAAUACCAUGCCCAGUAGGUGAAUACAAUGAUCUAGUUCAUCAAGGAAAAUGUUCUACAUGCCCCGCUGGAUACGAAUGUCCAGGUGGCGACGUCUUACCAACACCGUGCAAAGAAGGAUAUUUCUGUCCAACGAGCGAAACAAUACCUCAAAUGUGUCCUCCCGGAACAUAUAAUCCUUCAACACUCGGCUAUCUUGAGGGAACUCAUUGCCAGAAGUGUCCAGACGGAAAGAUAUGUGAUCAGCUCGCUCAAGAAGUUCCUACAACGUGCCCUCAAAAGUCUUACUGUCAAGGUGGAAUUCAAACCCAAUGCAAAUCCGAAAAACUUUGCGACUCCAUUGAUCAAGGAUACGAGAAAAACUGUCCUUACGGAAGCCAGUGUACCGACAGUGAUGCUGGGCCUUGUGAGAUUGGAUCGUAUUGCGAAAACAGCACUCCAACUAAAUGCGAGCCCGGUUCAUAUUGCCCUUCUGACAGUGAAAAAUAUCCAACAUUGUGCGAACCAGGAACAACUUCUAAUGUACUGGGCGCGACUGUCGAUACUUGUAAUGAAUGUACUCAAGGUUACUGUCCCCAAUAUGGAAACUCUGAUGAUAGUCUUAACACCGUUUCUGACGGCUUUUACUGUGACUCAACUAAGCCGUGCGGUGCAACAUCUACGCCAAAUUCUUGUGAACCCGGAUUUAUGUGUAAAAAUGGGCUCAGAUCUGAGUGUUCUGCUUCAACAGAAUUCCAAAGCAACAGUGAACAGUCAGAAUGCUUACCGUGUGGAGAUGGUUUUACUUGCGAUUCCUCUCAGCGGUUCGAGUGUCCUGAAGGAACAUACUGUGCUGCAGGAGAAAACAUUGAACAUGAAUGCAAAGAAGGAAGUAUUGGAUUCGUAUCCGGCGCUUCGGACGAACAAGAAGCAUGCAGAGACUGUCCUCCAGGGUACAAUUGUGAUAAAAAGGGAAUGAAAAUAUCAGAUCUGCCAAGUAACCAAUGCCCAGUUGGCUACUACUGCGAACUAGGUACUGAUGGCUUGAAUAUUCCAGAAUGCGAAGAGGGUAAAUAUUGCAAUGGAACUUCGACAGACGUUUACGGUUUCCCAUGCCCAGUCUCAACAUUUUCAAAUUCAGCUGGUCUAGAGGAUGAGGGUCAAUGUAGUCCAUGUUCAGCCAAUCGUUACUGCCCCCGCUCAGGACUAUCCAACAUUGACGACUUCCUCUGUCUGGCUGGAUAUGACUGUUUUGCAAUCACUGGCAACUCCCAACCUAAUCUACCAGAUAACAUUUGCCCAGAAGGAAAAUACUGCGAGCAGGCGAUGCCAGCCGUCAAUUGUAGUGAAAACUUUUACCUUGAUAGAACUGGAGCGACUCAAGAAUCGGACUGUGACGCUUGUCCAGCUGGAAAAGACUGUAGUAAAACGUCUGGAAUUUCGGAUUCUCUUGAUGACUUAGAAUCUUGUCCUCAAGGAUCAUACUGUCCAGGAGGCGUACCUCAAGACUGUGAUAUCGAUAAUGACUUUGGCGUUUGCGAUGAAGAAGGACUUACUGAUCCUAUUCCGUGUGCAGAUGGAACAUUACAAAGCUUAUCAAUUUGUAUACCAUGUGCUCCAGGCUCAAAGUGCUUCCUCGGAAUGGAAAGUGACAAAAUCAAAAACAUAGAGGAGGAUUGUGGUGCUGGUUUUUACUGCUUAGCUGGCACAGAACGACUGGGUGAGCCUUGUCCAAGCUCCACAUUCUCAAAUGCUCUAAUUGCAACUGAUGACAGCACUUGCACAUCUUGCACAGCUGGUAAUUAUUGCGUCGGACUCGGUCAAACCAGUAUAACUGGCGAUUGCGAAGAAGGCUAUUGGUGCAGUGGUGGAAAUGAAAGCCCUCGUCCAGAGAAUGAGCUCAACAGCACAGGCAAUCUUAUUGGUAAUGCUUGUUCUCCUGGAGAAGAAUGUGAUACCAUCGUAGCGACUCCUUGUGCGGAAGGAUUCUAUCAGCCUGAUUUUAGAAAAAAUCAUUGUGAGAUGUGUCCAGCCGGUUUUUAUUGUAAAGAAAAGGGGACUACAGUUCCAGUUGAAUGUCCACAGGGUAAUUAUUGUCCAGAGGGAACAGGAAGUAAUGCCACUUAUGAAGAUGGAAUUCCUUGCCCUGAUGGCUCGACAGGAAGUCGACCUGGACUUGUUGACUUUGACGAUUGCACUUUGUGUGCAGCAGGAAAAUACUGCAAUAGUACUUCGAUCAGUAUUGAUCCGCAAGGUCUCAAUUGUACAGAAGGCCAUUAUUGUUCUGGGGGAUCCUCGGUUCCAGACCCUUGCCAAGCGGAAGAUGGCGACUGUGAUAAUCUUACUGAUUAUGAGGAAACAUGUUGGGACUCAUUAACGCUCUCGAAUAAAACCGUGGGUGGAGUCUGCGUUCCUGGUUAUUUCUGCCCCGAAGGAUCGGCUCGUCCUCGACCAUGUGAUGCAGGAAAAUCUUGUCAAGGCUUGAAACUAUCGGAGCCUGAUGGUGGAUGUGAUCCUGGAUACUACUGUCCGACCGGAAGUAAGAGUCCACAAGAAAAAGUAUGUCUCCCCGGUCAUUAUUGCUUGGCAGACAGUGCAUACCCUGAGCCAUGUCCUCCAGGAACAUACGACGUUACAGAUACCGUCGAUUCGACUCAUAGAACUAAUUCUUCAAUUUGCAUUGAAAAUGAAUCACAAGUUGACGGAUUUGCCUUUGAAGGCUGGGGAAACACUUUCCUCACAGGUGUGGAAUGCGAAGCCGGUUGGUAUUGCGAAAAAGGCACUUAUAACCGCUAUGGAGAUUUAUGCACAAGACACCACUAUUGUCCUAAACGCUCAUAUUAUCCAAUUCCUUGCCCAACCGGUAAAUGGCAACCUAAUUCUGGCUCGAUAGAAUGCACAGAUUGCCCAGCAGGAUGGUUUUGUAAUGUCACUGACAUCGGAAAUUCGCAUCGAGAACCGCCUUCAGCAGAAGAAUAUCCAAAGCCGUGUGAAAUCGGGUAUUAUUGUCCUGAGGGUACCACUAAACAAGAAGUUUGUCCAGAUGGUACAUAUGGUAAUAGAACAAGACUUGCCUCAGCAGAUGAUUGCCUAACCUGCCCACCGGGAUACUAUUGUUCCGAUGGAUUCAUUGUAGGUAUGUGCCAACCUGGAACGUUUUGCACCGGCGGACAAGGCCCCAACUAUGCACGAGGCCUCUCGUACUACUUGGACAUCUCUGAAUCUUGGAGAGGACAGUUUCAAUAUCCAGAAGGCGCUUCUGGAUUUUGUCAAGCAGGAACUUACUGUCCAGAAGGGUCACAUGCGCCUAUUCCAUGUCCACCAGGAUUUUUCGGAAAUUCGGGUAAUCAAUCAGAUUUUACACUUGCAUGCGAGCCAGCUCAACCGGGAAAAUACGUUGGUGUCGAAGCAGGAUCAUCGAGUGAUGAGAAAGAAUGUCAGAAUGGCUUUUAUUGCGCUGGAAGAUCAAAACUUAGUCGACCUUAUGAUGAUGCAGCACUAGGCAAUCUUGGUGGAACAAUAUGUCCCGCUGGCCGUGAAUGCGAAACUGGAAAUAUUGCUCUGUGUAAUAAUGGAACAUUCCAGGUUAACGAAGGACAGAACCAAUGCAUUGAGUGCACACCUGGAUAUUUAUGUCCACAAAAGGGGGUUACAUUACCCUUUAGUUGUCCCGAAGGUUCCUAUUGUGAAGAAGGAAGCUCUGAAGGAAGCGAAUGUGCGGAGGACUCCUUUAAUCCCGUUGAAAGACAGUCAGAUUCAUCUUCUUGUUAUCCUUGCAAGGGUGGCUUUAAAUGCAACGGUGGUGACAAUGUAGACGUCUGUUCCGACAGAAAUUAUUGUCCAGAAGGCCAAGGCGAAAUAUUGUGCCCAGCAGGUCAUCUUUGCACGGAGCAACUCUCAUCACCAGAACCUUGUGAAACCGGUUCAUAUCAACCUUCUGAAGGAAAAACUGACUGCGAACCUUGCUUAGGUGGCCAUUACUGUGAGUUCCGAGGAGCUAAAGAUGUGACAGGUCCAUGCGAAGGCGGAUAUUAUUGCAACGGGAACGUUACUGAUCCGCGUCCAUCUCCUGAAAAAUGCUUACAAGGAGAAGCAUGUCCGAUUGGUGCUAUUGAUCCUAUCUUGUGCAAUAACGGCAGUUACGCACCACUCGAUCUGAUGGAAAAAUGUGAAAUCUGCCCGCCUGGUUAUUACUGUGAUGGUAUUGACGAGCUGCCUUUCUGGCGAACAAAAUACGAAGGAGUUGUACUUCCCAUUGAGUGUAAUAAGGAUGAAUAUGAGAAUGUUAUUCCUCCUGAUGAGUUCGGAUAUUGCGAAGAAGGAUCAAGAUUACCAACUAGAUGUCCUUCCGGAAGUCUCGUUCAAGGAGCGCCGCAGUUGUUUGAUUCUACUGAAUGUGAACCUUGUCCAACAGGAUAUUAUUGCGAGGGUGGUGCAAUUGCUGGAGAAUGUGAAAAGGGAAGCUUUUGUUUGGCCUCGAGUGGUGAAAAAGACUCUAAAGAAAACUUCUUUGAUGAACAUAUUUUGAGCGAGAACACUCUAUGUGACACCGACCAAAAAAAUGGCUGCGCUGGGAAGUGCCCUCCCGGAUAUUUAUGUGAAGAGGGAACAGAUCUUCCAAUACCUUGUCCUCAAGGACAAAAGCUUGCAGACGGAACCCUUCUCACAGCUCCUGGUUGUGAAGACGUAGGACCAGGAGAAUUCGGUGUGCAAGGGUUAUUCGACUCUGAAGGGAAGCCUUUCCUCUGCCCAGAAGGAUAUUAUUGUCCUGGACCGGAUUCUACACAAAAUAUCACAGCUGAUCCUAUUCCGUGCCCAGUUGGAACAUACAUGAAUUCAGAGGGUGCCAAGGAUAAAUGCACUGCGUGCAUCGGAGGCUAUGACUGCACCGAGCUAGGCCUUCGGAACUAUGAAACCUUUAUUUGUCCACCAGGACAUUAUUGCUUAGCCGGGGAAGGCCGAGAACCUUGUCCGAAUUCAACUUGGAGACCAGAUGUUGGUGGUAGCAGUGAUAUAAUUGGCCAUGAAGAUGGAUGCUCUCUUUGUCCAGAAGGAGAAUAUUGCCCCGAAAAUGUUAUCAAUGAUGCUGGCGUCCCUUGUCCACCUGGAUUCACUUGUCCUGAAGGAACUGAAAUUGCUGAUGAACUGUGUCCAGCUGGUUAUUAUUGUCCAGAAUCUAGCUUCCACGAAAGAUAUCCAUGUUCUGCAGGUUUCUAUUGCGAACUAGGAAGCUGGAACGAGACUGUUUGUGAAUUCCCGUAUUAUUGUCCACCGUUGACUGAUAAAGAGUUUGGCUUUACGUGCGACCUUGGUCACGGUGCUCUAGCAGGUUUAAAUAGAACUAACGAAGAAGAAUUUUGUCAGCUAUGCCCUGCCGGAACAUAUCGCUCUCGAGAAGAUCAACCAGAGUGUGAACCGUGUCCAGCUGGCAUGUCUUGUCCUGAAGGUACCGGAGAAGAUCCCAGAGAGCCCAUAUUGUGUCCGAUCGGUCACUAUUGCCCAACAGGAAAUCCACUGGGACGACCUAUCCCCUGUCCACCGGGAACAUUUUCAAAUGAAGUUGGAGCUCAACAAGAGGCUUGCCAGCCAUGCCCAGUCGAUACUUAUAACAACUUAGAAGGACAAGCAGCUUGUCGGCUUUGUGGAACCGCCUCUAUCGCGAGAGAAGGAUCAAUUCAGUGUCAGUGUAUUGGCACAAAUCGUAUCUUCCAAUUUUCCGAUGGUUCUUGCAUCUGUAAGCAAGGAUAUGAGUCCCAUGGCUAUGAUGAAGCGGACGACGAAACCGAAGUUAACAAAAGAUCAGAUUGCGUGGAGAUUGUCAACGAUCGCUGUGAUGAUGGCUUCGUUCGCGAUGCGUUCACACGAGAAUGUAUUACGGUUGAUGACGCGGAUCAAAAAUGCGAGGACAGUAAUCUCCAAUGUAAAUCGGGAAGCCCUGUUUUCGACCAAAACUACGGAACCUGCUUCUGCUCGAUUGUUGAUGCUGUCGAAGACAUCGAAGGAUGCUGCUAUAUUCCUGAAGCGAGUGUCGAUGUUGCCACAGGAGAACUGACUAUUGACGGAGAAACUAUCGACGGUGUUUAUGGACUCAGUCCAGUAAAUAAAACAUCGGCAUUUACUGUGUCACUAAGUUCCUCCGGCGUGUUUGCUGAUUUGCCAGUCAAUGGUUCCACUAGAGCUCGACGUCAAGCUGAAUUCGCAAGUGCAGAACAAAUUCAGCAACCUGCUAUUUGCCUCCUUCCCGGUGAAAUGGUGCUUUUUGAACUCGAUAUCAAAUCAAAUACCGCUGAGUCUCACUAUCCAAAAUACCAAGUUGGAUCACUGUACAAUUCCAAUCCUGAUUUCGACUACGGAGCAUUUAGAACUCUUGAAGCUGUUAUUUUGGAAGCUGAAGAUGAUCAAUCUCUGAAUUUUGAUAAAUUCGCUUACAUCUUUGAGCAAGAAGGGAACUUCGUGUUUUAUAGCUCUCAGAAUGAGCUUUACACAAUCAUUAUUCACGUCGCAUUGGAGGGAACAAGCUGCGGUUCUGGCACGGAAGAUUCCGAAAAUAUUCGCGUCCAACCUCAGUCAGAAAGGACCUUUAGCUCGUUUGGUAUUUCCAGAACAACGAAUAUCAAUUUAACGCCGAAUUGGCCGCUUAUUGCUUCUCUUUCAAUCACCAUUAUCCUUCUUAUCUUGAUUCUCCUUGUCUUUAGUACAGUAUGGAGCCGAAAAGAUCGUUCCUUUUCUCCUUGGCAGUAUUGGAAGCCGAAAUAUCUUGCAACGGAUAUGCCUUAUGUCUACCCACCGCUUGUUGCUAAAAACAUGGAGCAUAACUUAGAUGAGGACCUUCUUGAAGAAGAAAAUCAACAACGAGAAGAUCACCUCACAUCACAAGAACUAUUCGACCGACUUGAGGAUCAGAAUCUUCAGAUUGCAUCACAAAUGCAAAACCAUCAAAGACAAUUGCAAGAGUACUUCGAAUCAAUGCACCAAGAAGCUGCAAAGCUUCAAGCUUUCAUUCAAAAAGCGAAGGAGCCGAAACAACAGUCCAACAGCAAGAAGGCUAACAAAAUUCAAAAGAAUGAGCUCGACCAAUCUCCAAAGGAUCAAACCGCGGCACGAGCUCUGAUGACUACUGUUCAACAGCUACUGAAUCAAUUGAAUCAAGGAAGAGUACUCAUUACGGAAGAGAUGGUUGAUGCAGUACUUCAGAAUAAAUCUGACAAAAAGAACGGCCUUGAAGCGGGUGAGCAGGAAAAAAUUGUCAAGGAAGAGAUCGAGCUUGUCGAGAAACUUUGCACUGUGGAUCUUGACUCUGAAGACGAACUAGCAAGACUUGUGAAAGAGGAAGCGGAUCUUUUGGCUAAUGCAAAGGACGAACAAGAGCGUAAUGAAAUCAUCGCAAAUUACAGUGCUAUGAAAGCGGCUUUGCAGAAGAGACGAAAAGAUGAUCUGGAGAAGCAAAAGGCCGCGCUUAGACAGCGACUUGUUGCGCGUCGCCGCCAAGAUCUAGCCAAAAGGGACAUGGAAAACAAGACAGAGAAGAUGCUUGCCGAAGAACGGUCUGGAGCAAUUGUGGAGAUGAUGACAGCAUCGAAACAAGUUCAUAGUGACAAGAAAAAACGGAUCAAGGCAGUUUACAUGAACAAAAUGUCGACUCGCGUGAAACCAGAGAACAAAGAUCAGUUUGUGAUCGCUGCUGAUAAUGCUAUGGAUCAGAUAGAAAACGACUUCGCCGCAAAAAUCCUUUCUGACUUGGAACGCGUCGACGAGUCUGGCUCAGUAGAAUGGGAAGAAAUCUGUAAAGCUAUGGAAGCGAACUUCGCUAGCGAGCAAGACAUUGCAACGGCGAAAGCAAAUCAUGACUACCAGCUGCUUGUUGAAAAACAAGCAGUUUUGGAAAAUGUUCAAACUACAGAAAUCGACGAGAUCUCAAAAACUCUCCAAGGACUUAUCGAAAAGUACAGUAACGAUCCGGAUUCGAUCUUGAAUGAUUUCAAUCAGCAGAUGGCGGAAAAACUGCACAAGGACAAAAUAAAAGAAAUCGAACGUGAUGCACUUGCGAAGCUAAAAGCAAUGAACGCAGUUGAUCUCAGCGGUGAUGACGAAUUGGAUGGUCAGUUCGCCCAACAACUAGCCGAGGUCGCGGACAAACAAGCAUCAGAGCGAGAAGAACUCGAGCGUGAGUUGGCAGAAAAGGAAGCCGAAGAACAACGCCGACUUGAAGAAGAACUUGCUCGACAGCAGAAACAGACCAUGUCAGAACUCAACGCCAAACAGCAAGCAGAAAUUGAAGCGCGCCAGGGUAAUCUUACAGACUCGCAAAUGAAGAUGAUGCUCCUCGCUCAUAGCAAAGCACAGGAAGAAGCCCAAGACGCACUCAAUGAUAAGCAUGCUGCACAGCAAGAUGCACUCAAAGCUCGACUAGCUAAAAUGCGACGAGAUAAGACCAUGAAACUGGAAACGAACCAAGAAGAGGAAAUGUCUAAGGAAAAAGAGCGAAUUGACGAGGAAAUUAAAGAACAAACACGUCAAAAGCAACUUGAAGCCGAGAAAGAAGCUGCGAUGAAACUGAUUGCUGAUACUGGAGCUUCCACGGAAGAAGUCAUUGAUGCGAUUAUGGAUCGACGACAUCGAGCUGAAAUCGAAGCAUUCAAUGCAGAGAUGGAUGAAGAGCUCUCUCGAAGACUCGAAGCUGCAACGGAGGACGGGGUUCUACCUGAGCAUGCAAAGGCGAAAAUCGAACAUGACAUGCAAGUGGAAAGAGCUGCAGGCCUUUUGAACUUGAAGGAAAAACACUACCAAGAGAAACUUGCAAUGCUCACGGAACUCGCCCCACUUGCAGCUAAGAAUGCUGAAAAUGACAAGAAAAAACUCGAAAAGGCACGCAAGAAAAUCGAAGAAGAGCAAGCACAGCAAGAACGGGAGCUUGCCGCUGAGCGAGAGAAAUGGGAAGCUGAGCAGAAACGGCUAAUGGAAGAGGAAAUGGGCAAGUUUGAGUCCGAGCUCGAUCAGAAACUUCUUGAAGAGGAACAGCGUCUGGCAGAAGAGCUCGAAGAAAAACAAAAACAACGGGAAAAAGCGGAAAAUGAGAAAAAGCAACAGCUGGAGGAAGAACUUGCUCAGAAACUUGCCGAAAACGCUCAAGCUGAUCACGCAAGACUGUUGGCAGAACAUCAAUCUCAAAUCGACAAAAUCUCAGCAAGACAGGGACUCGACAAGGCAAAAAUGGCAGAACAAAUCAAGAAACGCUUGGAAGCAAAGAAACAGAUUGCGAUGAAGGAAAAGCAAGUCGAAGUUGACGGCGAUCAUCAAUUAGCUGUGGAAGAUUUCGAAAAGAAUCAAGUCGAAAAGAUAUCGGAGAGAAAAGCUGCUGCUGAAGAGGUCGAAGAAGAGGAAGAAUUUGACGGACCCUUGACAGAAGCACAGCUUAAAAAGGUUCUCGCCGGAUUGCCAUUGCUCGGCUCUCUCAACAACAUCAAAAAUUUCCUGCAAAAGAGUUUCCUCGAUGAAGACGUCGUUUAUGGCGAUAUAAAUCCGAUCGAUAUAAGCGAGCUCGAUAAAGUUGAACUUCUAAACUAUAACUACGCCAUUUAUUUGCUGAAAUUCUUCAAAUCAAAUCUGAGAGCGGGAGACGCCACUAGAAUUGUUAUUUCUGAACCCAUUCCGCAAUCCAAAAAUGAGUUUGGAACCGAUCUUUAUGUCAGUGGCAAUGAUCUCGUCAUAAGACGACGAGUUUUCUCUACUGAGCCAGGUAAACUUGCAGUGGUGCUCUCUUGGGCAUUCGCAACUGCUGUCGGCGAACAAAAGAAAUCCAAGGGCAAAACUGCUGGCUUCGUUCAGCAGGUGUUCUUCCAAACUCAAAGUCUCCUCAUGAACGAGGCAUUCCUGCUCCUCAACUCAGACAACCGCCGCGUUCCCAAGGAACUCACUGAAAACUAA